AUGCCUCCGCCUCACUACGACUUUCUCAUCAAACUGCUCCUCAUUGGCGAUUCAGGCGUCGGAAAAUCCUGUCUCCUGCUCCGUUUCUGCGAUGACCAAUGGACCCCUUCCUUCAUCACUACCAUUGGAAUCGAUUUCAAGAUCCGAACCAUUGAACUCGAUGGCAAGCGCAUCAAGCUCCAAAUUUGGGAUACUGCAGGACAGGAACGCUUUAGAACCAUAACCACUGCAUAUUACCGCGGCGCUAUGGGUAUUCUACUCGUGUACGAUGUCACGGACGAGCGGUCUUUCAACAACAUCCGUACUUGGCACGCCAACAUCGAGCAGCACGCCUCCGAAGGCGUUAACAAGAUUCUCAUUGGCAACAAGUCUGACUGGGUCGACAAGAAAGCCGUCACUGAAGAACAAGGGCGAGAGCUUGCCGACGAACUGAACAUCAAGUUCAUGGAGACCUCUGCCAAAGUAAACGAAGGCGUCGAAGAGGCCUUCUUCACACUAGCACGGGACAUAAAAACCCGCUUGAUCGACACCCAGGAACAAGGUGGUGAUGUCGCUGGUGGUCCUUCAACUGGUUCAGUCAGAGUCAACAAUCCCUCUGCUAAUAGUACGACCCAAGGCUGCUGUUCAUGAUUACCUUGCCACAUACCCUAUACGUCGUCUUAAUGAUGACCACCAUUCUGUUUCCAUCCUUAAAUAUUCAUUCACUUUAGUAUGGUCUUUUAUUGGUUUCUGUAUCAAUCGCAAAUGGAAAUAUCUCAUUGGAGUCGCCAUAACAAGUCUUCAUUUAUUACCAGUCUUCGCCUUCAUUCCAGCCACCCUUGUCUCGUAUACCAGAACUGCCUAGCUUGGUCUUUCCUCUUGAUUUGCGACCCCCAAGUUCCUUGUACAUUCCUCUCAUUUCGACCUUUCCUGGGCGGGCAGAUGCUUCAGCCUCUAACCGCCACUUCUCCUCCUUCAAUUC